UAUAAUCUGUGGUCAUAGCAGAAGAUCAUUAAUCUAUGGCAAAAAACCUUGUUUUUUCCAACUUUGCGAUUUCUUUCUAAUCUUUUGCUUUAUAUUAAAUAAAUGUUCUUUAUAAAUUGUUUAUUUUAGGAUAUUUGGAUCAAAACGGGAUUUCGUAUAUAAAUCAUGUCCGAAAAUGUGGAAAAAACUGAAUCUGGAAGUGAUGCCCGGAGAAGAAUACUCAAUAUUGCAGUAUCGACUGUUCUUCUGGAGACUGGUUUUGAAUCUACAGAUAAAAUGUCUUUGGAAACCCUCACAGAAAUGCUUCAAUGUUUUUUUACAGAAGUUGGUAAUUCAGCAAAAGGCUAUUGUGAACUUUCCGGCAGAGUUGAACCUGUACUUGGAGAUGUCGUAAUGGCCUUGAUAAAUAUGGGUAUUAGCCUUCAAGGUUUAGAACAGUAUGCUGCUAGACCAAACAGACAUGUAAUACAGCCUCCACAACAGGCACCAGCUCCUCGAACUCCAGCCAUGCUGUCAGCUGGUUCAAAAGCAAAACAUGCACCUCACAUUCCUUUCUAUUUGCCGCCUCUACCUGAUCCUCAUGCCUACAUUAGAACACCAACUCAUAAACAACCUGUAACUGAAUAUGAAGCUAUCAGGGAAAAAGCAGCCACACAAAAAAGAGAUAUAGAAAGAGCAUUAACCAAGUUCUUAGCAAAAACAAGUGAAACACAUAAUCUUUUUAAUACAGAGGAUAAUCAAGUUUUUCCAUUGAUUGCAUGUAAGCCAACAUUUCCUGCUUACUUGCCAUGUUUGUUACCUACAGAUCAAGUAUUUGAUUUUGACGAAUUAGAAUAUCACUUUCAAGUUGCCAAUAGAACGGAAGAUAUGCCUGCAGAAAAAAAAGAUCAAUCAGACAAUGAAGGUGAUAAUGGUGGGGAAAAUGAUAAUGCAAACAAUUCACAACCAGAAAACCAAGAAACACCUGUAACAUCAAGUCCUGACAGAAAUAAAGCUGGCGGAUAAUUGAUUGUAUAUAAUGAAUUUCUAUUUUGUACCAUAAAACUACAGCAAUAAAGUUUAUGAUUA